CUUCCCUGGAGUUUUUACAUUCACAUACACAAUGCCAUGCCGCUAGCACCAACACUACUCUUUCGAAUUCUUCAGUCUCUCAAUUUACAAUGCUCCCAAGACUUGUGAUGGCACAUUGUGCAUCCUCAACGCAUACCUCAUAUAUUGAUCUCAAGUCUCUUCAUAAGCAGUGCUCACGAACAGUUUUACGCAGAAUUGAGCGAAUUUCACAGGAUAUAAACCUAAAGAGCUAGAGAAAACCCCGUUCUCAAACUUUGUAGACAAAGAAGGGGUCUUAACAUCUCAAUUAUAGCAUAUAUAUGCACUUGUAGAACAACCAUGAACCACACUUCAACACCCUCCUGGAACGACUUCCCAGAUGGUCCCCCAAGCAUCUCUACAGACUCAGAACGCUCAACAUCCCGCGCCGCUUCUCCGGAAAAAGGACAUCUUACAUAUUCCGACGCACUGACAAAAGGCACAAUUCUGCUGGAAAUGAUGCAAGCAGACGACUACACAGCAGGUCAGAUGUUCACAGCUGCUCGUCCUUCGGCAGAAAGCCAAUUCUUGAGUCCCACAGCCUUGCAAACAUGGGGUUACAACCGCUCAACACCCAACUUCGAUGAGCUUGAAAAUAUCAUCAGCCCAUUGUACCAUAUAGGGGUUGAUACUGACAACAUACAAGGUAGUGGACUCAACGUCGAGAUAUUCGACCAUCACAUUCAUGCGACGACGCACGACGGGAUGCUGUUCCCUUCCACAGGAGCGAAGUUUUGCACGCUAGUGAGUCACGAACAUGGGCUGCUAGUUGCAACACAGAGCUACGGACCUGAAUUUAAAACAAAACAUCAAGAAGAGAACCCGAUAUUGCCCGAUCUCCAGCACUGGUCUGACAUGGCGUAUCUGCAAUGUCAUGAGAACGUCGCUGAUCUCAAAUACGUGCUACGGUAUAGGAUUCAAAACAACGACACACAAGCAAUAAUUCGUCACUUAUGCGGCGAGACUGGACCAGGCGACGGUUUGCUAUGGCCAGGUGUGACAUUCCGUAUGGAUGAAGACAGCGGGAAAGCUUUGCUUGGUACUCCGCAUGGGAGUGGGAUUGCAUGGCUGCUAAUACAGCACAAGAAGCAACUGGGGCACAAGACUUUGGACAAGGUUACGCUAUAUUUUAAAAACGAGGAGGAUGCGCGGAUGCGGGACGAUCCGUGUUUGUUGUUUUACCUCAAGGAUGUACCCACGUGAACAACGGUUGCGGCGCCUAAAAAGAUGAAAAGAUUUUCUGAGUGCAAGGUCUUAAUAUAUCAGGACGCUACAGGGAAGGGCAUGUUGUAGUUUCGUAAAGUACAGUUGUGAUUUUAUGUCCAUGUGAAGAUUUCAACAGAUUCC